AUGGCCGCAGAGCGCGAGAUUCUAGGUCGGUUGGUAACUGAGGUAACUAGCGAGGGGUUGAAACCACCCCUUUCCGUCCACCGCUCGGUUAUCAUCGACCGUAAGGAGUUCGCGUUACCAGCAAGCUCUCCGUCGAGCUUAUCGGCGGUUGAGAGCUCGAAAGUCGAAAUCAAAGCCGAGUUGGAUAAUGUUUAUAGCACAUCUGCACCAGCGUUUGCGACUGUAUACAAUUGGGUAAAUAAAUUUAAACGUGGUUGUACAUUCACAUGUGAUACACCUCGUUCGGGACGUCCAAUUGAGGCUGCUACGCCAGAAAUCAUCGAUAAAGUCCACGAAAUUGUUUUGACCGAUCUACGAGUGAAAGUGCGCGAGCUUGUUGAGGCCACAGGCAUAUCACAUGGCACAGUGAUUUUAAUUUUGCACGAACAAUUGGCAUAUUCGCCAGAAAUAGCCCCCUGCGACUAUUUCUUGUUUCCAAAUCUGAAGAAAUGGUUCGGAGGAAAGAGAUUAAUCGCCAGAGAGCAGCUCAUCAUCGAAACAGAGGCUUAUUUUGAAGGUAUCCUCCUUAACCGCGGGGCUCCGGCUCCUCUUUUUGUUGCAGGUUACUCCGCGGCGGCGCUCCUCGCGAUCCUUUUCUGCAUCCCCUUCGCGCUGAGGGUGCUCAUCCACAAGGAGACCGGGGGAUGGAGCAGCUGGCUCCAGGCUUUCUAUCACGUUCACCUCGAGCUCUUCCUCGGGAACGGCUGCCUGGGAGUUGGAGUAAUGAUGCUUCUGGCAUUGACAGUGGAGCGUUACGUAAGCGUCUGUCAUCCCGGACACACGCGGCCACUCUGCGGACCGCCUCACCUAACAGUGGUGCUCAUUCCGCUGGCUACAUUCCUCGUUUAUCUACCGAGCGUAUUUCGAGGUGAAAUUACGACCUGCCUGCUUGCGCCCGACGGUCCCCUAAUCUACCAGAGGAGGGACAAUCAGUCGUUUCUCAACUCGUGGUACUAUCAGGUGUACAAGGUGGUGCUGGAGGUUGUUUAUAAAGUCGCGCCGACGAUCCUCCUUGCCGGAUUCAAUCUGCGAAUAAUGAUAGUGUACAGAAGGUCCUGCGAGCGGCGUCGGAGAAUGACCUUAUCGAGGACCGUCAGCAGCGACGAGGAUCCCAGAACUUUCGCCGAGGAGCGGAGGCUCAUCCUGCUCUUAGGCAGCACGAGCAUCCUCUUCCUAGUCUGCGUCAGUCCUAUGGUUAUCUUAAACGUCACACUCAGCGAGAGCAAUCUCAACAAUUAUGCUUACCAGGUGUUCCGCGCGCUGGCCAAUUUGCUGGAAGUGAUCAAUUACUCGAUCACGUUUUACAUUUAUUGCCUCUUCUCGGAAGACUUUCGGAACACCCUGAUACGUACCCUGCAGUGGCCGUGGGUCAAGAGCGACGGCCAGGGCGGCAGGAGCCUGCCCAUGAAACGCUCGCCGAUACCGCGGACGACGACGACGACGACGACGACCACUCCGCCGACCACCACGGUCGCAACCCCCGGGCAUCUGGCUCGUGCCAGUGUUUAA